AUGGAAUACGUACAGAAACUCUUCUGGACCAAUGUGACAGGCAUGUGGCAGAAGUUUAAAGAGCAUAUGGAGGAUGCCCGCGAUGAUGCAAUGAUAGAGUUAAUGUGUAACACGGACCACACUAAAGAUGCAGGAGGGGAGUCAGAGGACACAUUCAGUGACAAAGAUAAAGCUGUGUGCUGGUUAGCACUUAAAGCUUUAUUUUUUAAACAUGCAAUUAAAUUACAUGUAACCACUAUUGCCACCGAGCACCUGGGCAAUACAGCGGCAGCAGAUGGCGUCAUGCCAUAUAUGAAAUGUAUUUUAGUGAAUAUAUUUAUGAAGAAAAUAGUCGGGGAGAAAUGUUUAGACACUACUGGUGCCAGGCAGGCAUUUCUCGCAGCGCAAGGAUUGGUGCGGGAGGGCAAAAAAGCAGAGCCCAAUAUGGCAUGCGAGAAGGCGGAUAGGAAGGACGGGAGAAGGCAGAAGUCACAAAAAACGGAAGAUUGGAAUUUAGGAGAAAUAAUGACUCGAUGGCUUCAGAGGAAUAUAGGGUAUUUGAGGGAUGGCGAGGUAGGCGUAUUAGGGCAGGAAUGUACGGUACAAAGAGACAAGACUGCAGAACACAUAAAGCAAGAAGCGAAUAAAAAAAUUGAGGACCUGGGUAAAGAAAUAGAGAACACAGUGAAGGAAAUAUUGAAGGAAAUAGAUAAAUCCCCAGAGGGAACAAGUAUGGACGAUAUAUUGAAGCAGCUGAAGGACUCCACGUCGCCGGCUCCAACAGAUAAAGAUCACGUAGCACGGCCACCACCGCCUCCACCACCAAGCGGACCAUCCAUGCCAUCAUCACCAGACGGUCGGGGCAGAGAGGGAGCGGGGGAAUCGGGAACUGCGCAAACCGUUAGCAAACCCGCCCCUGCAAACACACAACCGGUAAAGCCCGUCCACAGCACCUCUGCCAAACCAGUAGCGGCGACACCGCCGGACCAGGGAACGAAGAAUACGGUAACGACGACGGCAACAUCUGGUGGUGGUGGUAAGCCUGGUGAUGCUACUCCCGGAGGAGGCAAGGAGAAGGCACCGAAGGCGAAGACCGGAACAGAGGAUAAUUGUGAAUGGAGGAGCGUAAUGGAUAAAGGGCAUAGCGGACUUCACGUGAUGGGUAGAUAUAGUAACGAAGAAUGGACAAGAGUAAAGAAUGUACUGGAUGAUUUUGCUACACAUAUGCAGAAUUACGAGAAGUACAUGGAACAAUUAGGUGCAAAUUGUAAUAAUGCAUAUUGGGAGGAUUUCACAAAAGGGAUAUACGAGGAUGGACAGAGAGUAGCCGACAUGGUUAGAUGUAGAUUAAUGUCGGGAGCAUUGUGGUUUGCGAAUACACAGGGAAUUGAUGGGAAAGGUCGGGGCAACGACGCAGAGAGGGAAUCGUACGAAAGACUAAGGUGCGAGGUAGCAAACGUUUUUGGACACCUGUUGAGAACAACAUACUGUCCCAAACAGAACACGUGGAAAAGAGGUAUAGAGUAUGCAUAUACAGCAAUGAGAAAUAUGGGCAAAAAUCAGGAUGGAACACCAGUGGCGACCGAAUUGGCUGGUCCUGUUGUGGAAAGAACGUGCAACAUAUGUGGGUAUGAAGGUAGUAGAACGAAACCAGGAAUAAUAAAUGGAGACAUCGCACAGUUGUUAGUACAGCAAGGAAUAAUGGGAGAACUAACACAGAUAGAGCGACAGAUGCCGUGUGCGAAGGAUUGGAAACAGUAUAUCAGGGACAGUGCAACGAAAGGGGACAGUAUCAAGGACAUUUUGACCGAACGGGGGAUUCAGGAGGUAGAGAAAGUAAAGGAGGAUAUAAAGAGGAAAACAAAGCAGGUGAUUGAGACAGCACAGGACAAGGUACAGCAGGAAAUUGCAAAAGCGGCCGCGAAACCGAUUGCGACGAAAACGGAAGCACUCAAACCACAAGCCGCCAAACCGGCAGCGGUAAAACCGCCACCGAAAUCACAACCACCGGAGAAGACGGAAGAGCCCCCAGCGGCACCGGCAGCACCGGCAGGAUCACCAGGUCGAUCAGAUCAAGCAGCUGAGGACACGAGGGUACCAGCAGCAGGACCCGUACCACAACCCCCACCUGCGGCACCACCGGGCACAGGGGCAGACGGAUCAGGUACACCAGGUCAGGGACCUGGACAACAACCCCCACCUGCACCAGAACCGGCACGUCCGGCAGCACCCGCUGGAGAAACCGUAGACGGAAAGGAAGAAACAAAGGACAAAACUGCAGAAGGUAAGGAUCUAAAGAUUGGUAGCGCCCUCGACAACGACACCAAGAACCCACCGGGGACUGGAGCCGUGUGCCCGCACGAAUCGGACAAUAUUGAUGCACUUACUUCUUGUCUGGAUAAAAUGGAACAGCCGAAAAUCCACAGCGUGGAUGACAACGACGAAACCGACCAGUAUAGAGGGAAGGGCCCCGUGGGUAUCCCUGGGAGUACACGUGUGAUAGACAUAUCUAAAGGGACUUCUCCUGAUAUUUCAGGAGCACCCCCAGGUGCGCACUAUACGACGUCAGUGAGGGAGAAUCAUACCAAAGGCAAGGAGAAAUCGGACGGCUCAUCAACGCCGACAGAGCUGGAUCCCAAGUCCUCCGUAGCAGCAGAGCCUGCCGCAGAAGUACCAACAAAACCAGAAGUGUCAAAAGUAACACCAGGAUCAGAAGGAGCAACAGGGGUCACAUCAACAGAAGUGAGUGCGCAACCGCAAGGAAAGGCAGCACCGGAGGGCGGAGAAGGAACACCUGCAGCAUCAGCCCCAAAGACGGGGUCGUCCGACGACACUAUAACUCCGCCCAAAGAUUCCACCAGUAAUGACAAAACUCAGGGUUCCGAACAUCCCGCGUCUGCUGCUGGUCCAGAUCCAGGUGUUGCCGUCAUCGAUGGCGGCAACGAUGACCCACCUCCUCUCAAUCCACCCAAACCAAAACCGAACCCAAACCCCGAUCAAGCGGGGAGCAGUGGUGGCGAAGGAAAAGGAGGUGGUGAUGUAGGUGGCACUCAACUUGUCACCCCUUCCGUUCGGCCUGGUGUUACAUGGGAAGAUAUCAAGCCCUACACCCCCGAAAUAAUUCCAGCGGUGGUUGGUAUUGGGAUCAUUGCCUUUUUCCUCUGGAAGUAUUUUGCCUACCUCGCCAAACGACGACGAAAGUUUCGAACUGUUCGUGACGUGCCGUCACCGCCACUAGACGAAGAAAUACUAGACCAUUUACAACGCGGCGCACCACCACCCGAUUACGGCUACACGAUAGUUAGGGAUAGGCGGCCCGGCACACUUCCCGACCGACGACGACGUCAACCACGCGUAAAUCGCCGCACCAUCAUCGAGCUACACUUAGAAGUGCUCAACGAAUGUGAAGCAGCCGAGUGGGAAAACGUCAAAGACAACUAUUGGCAGAUACUUGUGCAAGAGUUUAUGGGGGACGGCAAUGGGCAUAGUGGUUCCCCGGAUACUGCUAUCCCAAACGAGGGUUUACCAGGAAACAAUGUUCCAUCCACUGAGUCCGACGGCAUAGAUCGAUGUCCACCUAAUGCAAAGGACCCAGAUCGUUGGAGUUGUAUGGACACCAUACAGUUAGACGAGGAACAGCAUUCCUAUCCCUGUCCCUAUUCCCCGGGGAAUGAAAUUCCAGCAUUAGACCGCACUAAGUGGAUCCCUUGGAUUGAGCAUAAUAAGUACCUUUUACGACAGUGUACGGGAGAAACGUGGUUUUUGCAAUUAAAAGCGGAAUGGAAACAAUAUCAGCAUCAAUAUGCGGCAAACGAAGACAACGGGCAGCGUGCACUCGGUGCGCCCGGUAAUAUCCCAUACACGGAAAGGAAGAAAUUGGACCUGUGGAAAGAAUGGGUAGCGCAACAACAUCGGCAAAUGAGUGUACAUAGAGAGGAGGUAGGCUCCAAUACCUAUUGGAGAAUAUCGAGGAGACAGCUAUAG